AUGCCACAGNUGGAUAAGAAGCAAGUUGGCGUACCAAGAGAAAUACCAAGAGCACAAACCUGGGCUGAACGUGUGCUCCGAUCAAGCAACACUGGUGGACGCGACCUUGAUUCGUACACAUCUUCAGGCAAAAGGGAUAAGCAUCUUGUUCAAACUUUGGCUGCCUCGAUUCGCACACAUAAUUAUCACACUAAAGCUUAUAUUAACCAGAAAUAUGCACAUGUUCUAUAAAUAAAACAAAAUAAAUUAAAAUACCUAUCUAAAUACAUAUGUACAUAA